AUGGUGGACGCCAAUCAGAAGUGGGACGUGGACCAAGCCAUCGCGUGGAUGCGGGAGCUGGCGCCCUUCAAGCCCAAGUGGAUCGAGGAGCCCACGAGCCCCGAUGACGUCCUGGGUCACGCUGCCAUAGCUAAAGCCCUCAAGCCCCUGGGCAUCGGCGUGGCCACGGGGGAGAUGUGCCAGAACCGCGUAGUCUUCAAGCAGCUACUGCAGGCAGGCGCGCUCUCCUACUGCCAGAUCGAUGCAUGCCGGCUGGGCGGAGUGCAGGAGGUGCUGGCCGUGUACCUCAUGGCCAAGAAGUUCAACGUGCCGGUGUGCCCCCACGCGGGCGGUGUGGGCUUGUGUGAGAUGGUGCAGCACCUGCAGAUAUGGGAUUACAUCAGCGUUUCAGGCACAUCGGAGGACCGACUCAUCGAGUAUGUUGACCACUUGAUGGAACAUUUCAAGUUUCCGAGGAAGAUCAAGAACUGCCACUAUACAGCGCCCACU